AAAGGUGAAAAAAUUGCUUCUGUCGAGCUUGUGUUUGGACCGGGGAAAUUCCCGUUUUCGAAUACAAUAGGUCUGCAAAAGAUAAGGAACAUGGACCGUAAUCGGUGUUUCGAACGAAUUUUCAAGUCCGUGCGAGCUCUCAACUUUUUACACAGCUACAGUCGCUAGUUCAGUAUCUACUUUUACGAUAGCAGGCAUUAGUGAUUUCACCUCUGCUCGUGUCGUCAUCUUUAGCGAACGUUCGAUUUUCAGUAUUUGCAAGACAAGCUCUGUUUUGGUGCGGUUUUUUUCCACUAUUCGUUCGCUGCAAUGUUUUCGUUAUCGUUACCAAAUUUUGAAAACGAGCCUUCGAUGGACGAAAUCCGAGAAGAUUUUCGAAGAAACGGAAUCGAUAGCGACCUGACGGAUUCGUCGACGGCAGCGCCGCCGCCGCCAGAAGCGCCGAAACAGAAUGUCGCUGCUGAUCUGAACUGGAAUAAUUUCGCAUCGAAUACGAAUUCAUUCGCAGAAUCGAACAAUUUGAAUACGGCCAACACGACCAACGGAACGAAUAUCUUUUCUCCGGAGAUGACGUCGAGUAAUUUAUUUCCAGUGCAGCUCGAGUUGUAUGUGCGAAAUCUACUGCAAGCCGGCUAUAAAAAUAAUCUAAUAAACAGCCUGUUGUACCAGCAACAAUUAGAAUUGCAAAACAACAACUUUCUGGGUUUGCUAUCCGAUACGAAUAGUUGCGCGGUUAAAAUGAGUGACAACGCGAAUACUUCAUUCGUCGAAUUUAGAGCUCGAGAAUGCGGCUUUUGCAAGAGUAACAAAGAAACCAAGGAAUUUUACACUUCGCAUUAUUUGAAAAACUCGGACGGACACGUGGUUUGUCCGAUUCUGUCGAAAUACGUCUGCCCGUACUGCCAAGCGACCGGUAUUUACGCUCACACCAAAGGAUAUUGCCCUAAGAAACCCGCCACCGAAACUGGUUACAAUCAAUUCCGUAACGUGGAUAAAUUUUUCAAAUUUCGAAACACGUGCGCCGAGAAAACUUCGCCUCGCGAUACUAUUUUUAAACAUCGCGUAUUUUAACCUAGUUAAAAAAAAAAAAAAAGAAAGAAGAAAACGCGCGUCUCGGUCUAGCCCAGUAGUACAAAUCAUUUGUACCUACCCAGUACCCAGUACCCACCUUUACUUUAUGAUAUUUCAUAUUGGUAUUUUUAUUCAUAACGAACGAAUUUUUCAAUUUUAAUGUCGUUUUGAAUGUUGUUUUAAUUCUCAAAUUAUUAUUAUAAAUUGUUUUAGAAAAAUGAUACUGAAAUAAUUAUGAAUUUUUUUUUUAAAGCUCCGGUUGAUACCGAUUUGUGUAGUUUACGUUUACAAUAUUGUGGUGAUUAGGUAAAGUGUUCAAGUAGGAGGUAAUCGGUAGAUAUGCGAUGAAUAUUGUUCGAAAUAUAUUUACGUAUAGGUAUAUUAUAAACGUUGUAAUUUUAGAAGAUGUAAUUUUUUUUCGUUGCUUAUUUCUUUCUUCAAUUUUGUUUCGUCGAGUACGUAUUUUAAACUAUCUUUUAUUUAUUUUAAAGUGGU